AUGUCGUUCCUCACAGAAGUCGUUGCCCGUCGUAUGGCACUCACUUCCCGAGUCGCCGUCGUCCAGGCCCCGCGACAGUUCACCACCUCGACGCGCCUGCAAAAGUCCGUCACAGAAACUGCGAAGGACACAUUGAAGACCGUCGACCGUAAGGUCUCGGAUAAGCUGGUUGAUGGCAUCAACGCUGGCGCAAAUGCCGCCCAGAAAGUCACUGGUUCCGAGGUUGCAGGCAAGGUCAAAGGCUCCGCUCAAGAGAUUCGUGGCGAGGCCAAGGGCAAGGCCGCCGAGCUGAAGGGCGAGGCUAAGGGUGUCGCCAACGAGGCAGCCGGCAAGGCCAAGGGUGCCGCUGAGAAGCUCUAA